CUCUGCUUGUAAGGUGUGUGCGCGUGGCUGUGUUGUGCAGCAACUUUACAUUCAAACGGUAAACCAACUUAGCUCAUUUUACCUUAGCGAUAUUUGUGUUCUUUUAUUCCUUCUGAGAGUGCAUUGUGCUGAACAACUGCUUUGGUGGAGUCCAUCGUUGGCAGAGGCCUUAGUGCGGAAUACCAGCUUGCGAAAGAAGUUUCAAAUGUACCUGCAUAUAACCAUGAAAACCACAAGCUAUGCCCAUCAGGACGAGCUCCCGGGCCUACAGCUGUCACGGGCCCGCCUCUGGGUCUGAGCCUCUGGAUGCCUGGGACUCGGACCGCUCCCUGGCCCAGACCGCUCGCAGCCCUGCACCGCCCCCUCCGGACAUUUCCCACUGAGAACCAGAGCCAGAGUCUGGAACCCAGAACCUGGAACUGGAACCCAGAAUGAGAACCAAGGACUGAAACUAAAGACUGGGACUGGAACCCAGCACCCAGAACUGGAACUAUGAACCAUCACUGGAACUAUAAACCAGAAAUGUAGGACCAGGCUGGAAGAGGAGCCUUUUGCUCACCUACUGCCUGACUGCCAGAGUGACCGCAGUACCCUUGUGUGUCCUCUAGGUGGCAGAAAAGGCACAAAGCAGGGGAGAUCAGCCCAAGCAGCUGAAGCUUCCCCAUUCACAGUCUCUGAGCAGUGCUGAAGUCUCUGAAAGCAGCCCAGCCUCCAGGUGUGUUUCUGCGUUAUCUUCUGUGAAAGGCGAAGGAGGACGAGCGGCAGUUUGCAGAAGCGUUCUUCCGUGGCGCACGCUCACGCAGGCAUGGCUCCUCUCCUCUUCCUCCUCUCCUUCCUCCUGGCAGGUUCCCAUGGCGACGUGGUCACGGUGAAAAACCUGGUGGUGUUGGAGGGCCGGUCAGUGACCGUGCCGUGCCACUACGAGCCGCAGUACGCCCGGCACGUCAAGUACUGGUGCCAGGGAUCGAUGUACACCUUCUGCUCCCGCCUGGCUCGUACGGACGUGGCCCAGCCCGCCGACGCAAGGGUGUCAAUCACCGAUGACCCCGCCCAGCAGGUGUUCACCGUGACGAUGAGUGACCUGCAGGAGGCGGACUCGGGCUGGUACUGGUGUGGGGUGGAGGUCGGGGGUAUGUGGAAGGCUGAUGACGCCAUGUCCGUCCACAUCACGGUGUCACACGGUAUGUCAGUGGUGAACAGCAUGGUGGCUGGCGAGGAAGGGGGAAGUGUCAAUGUCCAGUGUCUCUAUGGCAGCAGACACAGUGGGAGCAGUAAGAAGUGGUGCCGCAGCGGGGACUGGGGGUCCUGCCUGGAGGUCUCCUCCAACAGCACGCGGGAGGCGGGCCCGGUUCUCCUCAGCGACGACGGGGCGGGUGCGUUCACGGUGACCGUGCGGGCGCUGGAGCAGGGCGACGCCGGCUGGUACUGGUGCGUCACCGGGCAGGAGCAGGUCUCGGUUCAAGUCGCUGUCACUUCGCGAUCCACCACCCAGCGCACCCUGAGAACGAGUCUGCCCCUUAUGACAUCACUUCCUGUUGAUCCUAAGGAGGCCUCAACUUCUCUGGCCACCACUAGUGUGCGCACGGCCAGCCAGGAACGAAACUCACCGAGUCAUGUUUUUGGGUCCCCGUUGGUAAUCGGUGGGUCGCUGUUGCUUCUGGUGAUUGUUGCCGUGGUUACCUGGAAGACGUGGUGCCAUUACCAGAGGAUACGCAAGAGAAGAGACAUGGGUGGAGCAGAGCUGACCUUCUCUCCACACCCAGGCAGUGAGAAUGACCAAAACAAAGGCGGUGUCGUCAUCUUCCAGUCCUCUUCCCCACAGCAAGUGCUCUUGCUCUGACCACAGUUAUGGCAAAGUGUCAUUCUGACCCCGCCUUCCUGAAUCCAGGCCCCGCCUCCCUGAACCCAAGCCCCGCCUCCUUAUGCGCAGACCCCGCCUUCCUGAACCCAGGCCCCGCCUCCCUAUAUGCAGACCUCACCUUCCUAAGCCCAGUCCUCUCUUCCUGUGCUCAAACCCUGCUUACACACACACACACACAGGACACAUUUUUAUGAAUAUAUUUUAGCAUUUGUGAUGCCUAGAGCAACACACCCUUCCUCAUACAUGCAACAGAAAUGGUGCAACAUGCAAUAUGCUGCAUAUAUGCUAUUAAUGAUGAGUAAUGCUACAUAUAUGCUAUUAAUGUUGAAUAAUGCUACAUAUAUGCUAUUAAUGUUGAAUAAUGUUCAGAGUAUAUGUCAAAGACACAGGUACAGUUCCAGGUACAGAUAAAAUAGUAACUGUUAAACACUAACAGAGAAAAAGCAAAUGGCAUUUCAUCCUUUUAAUUAACUGCUGUGCUUAUAUUUAGAUGUGCGAUACAGUACUUAAUCCAUUUUAUUUUGUUAUAUUAUGCUUUUUACAUUAAUAUAUGGUUCACAGAUCUGCGUCAGGCCACUGAGAUCUAGUGGCUUUUAUCUUUUUUAUUGAAAAUUGUUAACAAAAAAAGCGUUCUGUCUAUCAUCAUUGCAAAUUCUGCGUGAACCACCAGGACAAAUGAUGAAUUUUGACUGCGUCUCCAAUUCUGUCCACUGGGAGGCGCUGUGGCAUUACAAAUGCAGGAAUGAUGCGUUAAGGCUGCUGUUGGCAAGACGCGAUCCCUGGGCCAAUCUUGGCGCUGCUCACAAAAUGUGACUUCAGAAAGAAUUUAAAAUAGUAUUAGACACAAUUCUAGUUAGUGUGUCAUUAAUUGAACAGUAUAAUUGUAUGUUGUCCUUUUUAAUAUGUCUUUCAUUUUUAAAUUUUUAAUUUAAUUUUGCUUACUUUAUUCUUUAAUAUUUACACAUUGUAUUCAAAGCUUUGUACCACAAUGUAUUGAUACCCUACAUAUGUAAUGUGUAAAUAUUUAUUUUUACACGA